AGUCUUCAUCGCAGACACGCAAACUGCAGCAAAUUGUAUUGAACGUCGUGCAUCCAACCUCCGGGUCGCUGGACCUUUUACGCCGCAGCUUGUGCCAUGUGAGCCGGUCUGGCAGCGGCGCAGGAUGUGGCUCCCGUCGAGCACCCGGCGCGUUGCCCCCUCCCGGGGGCUUCUUCCUCUGCAGACGAGCUGGAGCUGGAUGUCCGCACACUCGCUGCGCGUCUCCUUCUGACCAGGAGCGUGUGCGGGAGCAGAAGGAGCGAGGAGACGGAGACGGAGAAUCGCUGGGACGCACAUGGCUCGAUGACAUGAUGUUUCUACCCUUUCCCCCUUUCCUCUCUACCUCUCUCUUCCCUGUUGCCUUACUCAUCCUUUUCCUCCCUCCUCCCCUCGUCUCCUCCUCCCUUCCCCAUACCCCACUGAGCUGGACUUCCCCUCAUGACCCCUGCUACCACCUUGACGGACGCCCUCGACACUGCAUGUCAGAGUUCAUCAAUGCUGCCUAUGGGGUCCCGGUCAAUGCUAGCCACCCAAUACAAGGGCCCGACUAUGACACCAACGUCACCUCCUUGACCGACCUUCACAACCCCCAUAACGUCACCUGCUGGAUGGCUCCCAGAGGUUCUGACACUGGGGAAUGGGUUCUUAAUCUGCCUCUCGGUCGUCGCUUUGAGAUUACGUAUAUAAGCUUGCAGUUCUGCCACCAAGGGGAGCCGUCGGACCCCAUCUCGAUUUCCAUCCUCAAGUCGAUGGACUUUGGGCGCUCUUGGAGACCGAUGCAGCACUAUUCCAGUGAUUGCCUUGGGAAUUUUGGACUGCCGUCCCAGACUGUGGCUAAAACCAGGCAUCAAGAAACAGAGCCCCUCUGCUCAGACCCUCGCCCCCUGCAAAAGCAGAGGGGUGGCAUGGUGCUGGCUUUUUCAACCCUAGAUGGCCGCCCAUCGUCUCCCGAUUUUGAUUAUAGUCCCACACUUCAAGACUGGGUGACAGCCACAGACAUCCGUGUGGUCUUCCACCAUGUGUCCAAAGACUUGAAGUUGGGAAACACGGAUAUUUUUGAAGACGCACAGAGGCGUGACGCUGCAGAAGAUGACAGAAGGACUGGGCUUUCACGGUGGAGAUCUGACACAAUCAACACAGACAACACACUGGCUUUUUUUGACAGGGAAUCAAAAAAGACACACACAGACACUAAGGUAAGAAACAAAGGAGAGAAAAUGGACAAACGUGGCAGAAAGGGUCAAUAUAAAGGGUCAGAUCCGGACAAAGAUGGACACAAUGUGACCAGCAAAGAAGGAGAGGCUGGAGUUCGUACAGACGAACUCGCCUCUGCAAAGAAAGGAGGGAAAAGCAGAGGGCGUGGCCGCAAGAAGGAAACUCAUUGGCUGCCGUGCCCAAACAGAGGCUGUAAUUGGACAGUCGAGGGGCGGGGUAGCAGCAACAAAGGGAGAGAACUGAGGAAGAGGAGGAACAAUAAUCUCAACACGCGACAAAGCGCCAGGAACCUGCAGGUGGCUCCGCCCUCACCUGUACCGACUCCUCUGGCGCUGUCGGACCUCCAGGUUGGAGGCAGGUGCAAAUGCAACGGACACGCCUCCCGGUGUCGCCGUGACGACGCAGGCCGUGCCGCGUGCAUGUGCGAGCAUCACACGGCGGGGCCCGACUGCGACGUGUGUGAGGACUUCUACUUCGACAGGCCGUGGCAUCGAGCCACGCCCACGCACCCGAACCCCUGCGUCGCCUGCAACUGUAACGGCCAUUCAAACAAGUGCCGCUUCAGCAUGGAGGUGUUCCAGAACUCGGGGCGCAUCAGCGGAGGGGUGUGUCAGAAGUGCCGCCACCACACGGCCGGACGCCACUGCCAGUACUGUCAGAACGGAUACGCCCGCGACCACAGCAAACCCCUGAGCCACCGCAAGGCCUGCCAACCGUGCCAGUGCCAUUCUGUGGGAGCAGUGGGCCGCUGGUGUAACCAGACCUCGGGUCAGUGUCUGUGCCGAGAGGGCGUGACGGGCCUCAGGUGUAACCGCUGCGCCGCGGGAUACAAGCAGGGGAAGUCGCUCCUGAGGCCCUGCAUACGGAUUCAGGAAGUGGCUCCGACCCCAGUGUUCCAGCCUCAGUACAGCAUAGCCGAGGAGUGUGUUUCCUACUGCCAGCCGUCCCAGCUCAAAGUGAGGAUGAACCUGGAGACCUACUGCCUCAAAGACUAUGUGCUGAAGGUGCAGGUCAGAGGGAUGGAGCGCUCGGGUCCCUGGUGGCAGUUCUCCAUCACCGUCCAAACCGUGUUCCGCGCCGGCUCCGCCUCCCGCGUGCGCAGGGGCCCGCGCUCCCUCUGGGUCCCCGACCGCGACCUGAGCUGCGGCUGCCCCGCCCUCCACGUGGGCCGGACCUUCCUCCUGAUCGGGGCGGAGGAGGGCGAGCGGGGCUGGGCCCCGGAGGAGAGGCGCCUGGUGGCCGACCGCUCCACGCUGGCCCUCCAGUGGCGGGAACACUGGAGCCCCAAGCUGCGGGGCUUCCGGGGGCAGGACAAGAGGGGCCGCUGUCCUCCGAAGACCCCCGGCGCCGCCCACAGGAAGCACGCGCGGCCCCAGGAUGGGUACAUCCCGCCUCACCUGCUGACGGAGGCCGAGGCAGACACUGACACACGCACCUCAGCGGCGCCCCGCACACUGGAGGUCAGCGCGGACACGACCCCCGCAGCCACGACACCGGCCCCGGUCUGCUCUACUCACGGCCCCCAAUGAAACAAACCACAAGGGGAAAUAAAAAUGACAGGAUGAUCUUAGCUUUUACUCUGCGAACUGACACAAGCCCGAAGCAGUUGUUCUUUAGACUCCUCAGCGUAAACGCACACCUUCACUGUCACUUGGUGAGAUGUCAGAGACACGACGGUGCACAAGACUCAGGUCCACGGUCUAAAAAAGGCAAAGACGUGUGAAAUACUAGCCAUGAGAAGCCAACAUUUUCAGGACAGAAACACCUGAAAUCUAAAGUCACUUAUUUUAACAGUUGAAUUUUUAAAAAAUGACAAAAAUGACAAAAUAAAUGGAUCUAACAAAUUUAUUACAGUAGGAGUAAACAUUCUACCUCAGAUGUGUUUAUUUUUCAAAUAAUUUGAAAAUAACAGUAAUUAAAAGGUUCAUAAAAAAGUUGCUAUUAUAAUUAGUAAUUUGGGUACAUUAUCUAUUAUAACAUUAUGACAGUCAGUUCAAAUAUAAUUAAAAGUUUUAGUUAAAUGAAUAAAGAUCACUUCAUUUGUA